ACCACUAGAUUCACACUCCCAAAAAAAAAUUAAAAAAUAUCAUCUAGCAUUAGCAUUAGCAUUAGCAUUAGCACCAAAAACGCUUCUUGUCAAGUCCAGCUUGUUCCCGGUCCUCAAUAAUUCUCUCUCCAUCAUUUAAAUCCCAGCAAAGCAAUCACACACACUCUUUCACUUUCACAUUCAGUUACAAAAAAACUCAACACAAUGUCAAGUUCCGACGACGAAGGCGGCGAAGAGUAUCUCUUCAAAGUCGUCAUCAUCGGCGACUCCGCCGUCGGAAAAUCCAACCUCCUCUCACGAUACGCUCGCAACGAGUUCAAUCUUCACUCCAAAGCUACAAUCGGAGUUGAAUUUCAAACUCAGAGCUUAGAGAUUGAUUCCAAAGAAGUUAAGGCUCAGAUUUGGGAUACCGCCGGUCAGGAACGGUUUCGCGCUGUUACGUCCGCGUAUUACAGAGGCGCCGUCGGUGCUCUCGUUGUUUAUGAUAUUAGCCGGAGAACUACGUUUGAUAGUGUCGGUAGAUGGCUCGAUGAACUCAAGACUCAUUGCGAUACAACAGUGGCAAUGAUGCUUGUGGGAAACAAAUGCGAUUUGGAUAAUAUAAGGGAUGUAAGCAUUGAAGAAGGUAAAAGCCUUGCAGAAUCAGAAGGUUUGUUUUUCAUGGAAACCUCUGCUUUGGACUCUACAAAUGUGAAAACAGCUUUUGAGAUGGUUAUUAGAGAAAUAUACAACAAUGUUAGCAGGAAGGUCCUCAACUCAGACUCUUACAAAGCCGAAUUAUCCGUCGACAGGGUUAGUCUUGUUAACGAUGGCAACUCUACGUCAAAGAAAAACAGUAGCUAUUUUUCAUGCUGUUCCUGAAUUUUUGUUUUGCUUGUUUGAUUUAAUUAAAAUUCAAUUGGGUUGCGUUCUUUUUUCAUGGAGUAUCAUUUGAAUAGUUUUUGGAUUACAAGUUACAACUACAAAAACACAUCUAUAUAUAUAGCAAGAAAAGUUUUAUAUAUCUUCAAAUAUUAAGUAAAGGGUUUUAAUUGUAUAAUUUUGGGGUACAGAGAAAUUGUAAUUUCAGUCAAUGAAAUGAACAUCCAUUUAUGUCAUGUUUAGUGAUUUCUUAAAUAUGAUUGUUGUUCUUGAUUAAUCGGUAUAAGUUACAAGUUUUGUCA